ACCCUAUGAAUAGCACAGAAAAUGCGUUACGUCAGAGGGGUGUAACAAUGGACCGCAAACAGUGGCUAAUCCACACGUUCUUCUAUUCACCCAGGGUCGAUGCCUUAUUGCGAAUCCAUAGAAUUAUAGUGAAUAUGAAAACACGCCUUUUGAAUGCGUUUUACAUUCCAUUUCUGCUGGAAAGUGGGGCUGCCAAUAUAGGACGAAAAUAAGGACGUUAAUUUUGUUUGUCAUGAAUCCCGGGUCAUGAAUAUUGGCCUAAUGGAUCAUGCUGAUUGAUAUACUCUCGAGUUCCCGAUGUUAUGACGGGCAAUCUGUUUUCUUAUAAGUUAGUGAUUGGUGUAACACACGUAUCGGGAUCCAUGUGAUGUACGACGUCCUCAGGUCCUCAGGCUUUUAAUGGUGCUGGAGAAGUUUUGUGACAAGAUAAACUUUGACACCAUCGUAAAUUCUUCUAUAACAUACAAGGGCGUGGUCUUGGCGUGAUUCAGGUGACACUCAUCGUCUCGUUGACGUUCCUCCUUGCGACACCAAUGGUAUAUCUCGGCAGUUUACACACUGUUCAUUGCCAACCUCGUCGGGAUCAACUGUGAAAACUGGUAGCAUUCCACACCAGCCUUCAAAUAGCCAUCUUGCCAGCCCUGGUUUCAUCAGAUCUGAUCUGGCGAUGGGUUACGACCAGGAUCGAUUUCUAGGACCAAUCAAGGAUGGUCUCAUGUGCAGCAUCUGUAAGGAUGUCCUGGAGGAGCCACUACAAGCUCCGUGUGAACAUGCCUUCUGUGCAACAUGUAUCCAUGGCUGGCUUGUCCAUGAGAGAACGUGUCCAGAGGAUAGACAGAAUCUUGAGGAAUGUGACCUUCGACCUCUGUUCCGGUACAUGCGCAAUGACCUGAACAAACUUCGACUUCGAUGUGUGAAUGCCGACAACGGUUGCUCUGAAGUUUGCAGUCUUGAAGUCCUGAGCAGACAUGAAGCAGAAUGUUCCUUUGGAACCGCCGAAUGCCCGAACCGAGCACGGGGUUGUGAAGAAAUUCUGGAGCGUCGUCUAUUGGAUUCCCAUUUAGCCAAUUGCAGCUACCGUAGCUCCAAGUGCCCAAAUGGCUGUGGGCUAACCAUUCUCAGCUCAGAACUCGAAUCCCAUAACUGCGUGUCUGAACUUAGAACCGAACUUGAGCUCUUGAGAUCGGAGAUGAUAUGUAAGCAGGAGGAUCUCCGACAUGAGAUGCAGUUGAGGCUUGACUCACAGAGAGCCCAUAUGGUUGAAAAAGUGGGCACCAUGCACCAAACGAUGGACCAACUCAGAGGAGACAUCACAAGUCUCCAGCAUGAGCUCCGUGUAAUGAACGCCCUGGAAACCCAGAGGAGACAGCACAUGGAGGCCCUGGAGCUGGAGCGGAAGGAGCUGAAGGAGCUCCUUAAAUCUAUUAACGAGGGAGAGACAGCUCGUAAUACGUGUAGGGUGUGUAAGAAGACAGAGAUGGUUACGGCGCUAUAACAUAAGAUCUACACCAAGACGUCAGACCAAAAGAAUUGCCAACAAUCAUUCAUCUAGAAAGCUACCUGCUGCCUUAUAUAUAUUUUUAGAAUCGUUAAUACCUCAAUCAUAAUUGUAUAAUAUCUAAAUUUGAUUAUAUUGUUAGGCCUAUAUGCAUCAGCAAUUAAGAGACUCGAUGUGUUUCAGCUAUAUUUCAUUCAGAAAGUUCAUGCAGUUCGAAGAUGUAAAAGAUCGAGAGUGAAAGGAAAGAAAUGCAAGAUUUUUCCAUAAUUGAAACCCGAAUAAACUUGCAAAAUAUUGAUAUUAAUACGAGGAGCAUUUCAUCAACAUUUCUGUCCGACAAGUUGUCAGAUCUGACAACAUUCCUUGAUUUUGAUUGGCUAAGAAGCACUCUUACUAUGGUAACUGUCGGAUAGAACAGGACUUGUCGGAUAAAACGACCGACAAGUCCUGAAACGCUCCCCAGAUCUGGGGCCCGUUUCAUAAAGAGUUGCAACUGGUGUAACUUUGCCAUUAUGGCAACUAUCAUGGUAACCUUUAUUUUGAUUGGCUACUGAGCCCUGUUGCCAUGGUAGUUGCCACAAUGUCAAAGUUACAACAGGUGUAAGUCUUUAUGAAACGGGUCCCAGAUUAAUAUUUCACUCGCAAUAAAAGGAUGACUACCAUAAUUUUAGUUCAAUGCUUUAAGUCAUGCUGUAUCGCACAAGUCACAUUCAAAGCAUUUAUUUGUAAAAUUUUCAUGAUAUAUAACUACAUACAUGUAAGGUACGAAUUCAUGAUAACUUAACAGGUUGUAAACAAAAAAAUGAGAGCCUGUUCUAAAGCGAUCUGUAUUUUGCACAAAAUGGAGACAAAUGAAUUGAAUGUUUAGUUGUUUUUGUACAUUGAACUAUUCUUAUUCUACGGUUGUUAUUGUGAUUAAUAUAGUGUGGUGAAGGUACAGAUUUGGUACACCUAAUCAUUAUUCAAUAUGUUGCUUCUUUGCUUGAUGUAAUACCAACCCCCUCACCCUUCACUCCCUGACCUACUCACAAUGCCCCAUCCAGCUAGGAAGUGUCUGUCAUUAACGUGAGCAUAUUUUAUUCUGCUAGAAUUGUUCAAAAAUUAGGAACUUCCGAUCACAAGUCAUAGUCAUGCAUUAUAAGCGACAUAUUUGCUUGGGUUAUAAAUAGAAUUGUUUUUUUUAGAUUUCACGCCUAUAUUAUUAAUGGUUGUAUUUACUCCUAUCAUUAUUGUAACAGUUUGUUUUUAAUGUUCCCUUAUGUUAUUUUCUUUAUUCUCUGGGAGAAAGAUUUUAUCCACCCCCCCCCCCAUUUACACACUCUUCACUUCUAUCGAUACUUCUACAAAUUUUAUUACAUUAUCAUCCCCUCUCUCUGUAUCUCCCCUCUCUCUCUUUCUCUCUUUAUACAUCUCCCACUCCCCUUCUCUUUCUACCUCCUUACACCCCCCCCCCCUCCUCUUCCCAAUUCUGUAUAAACUUAUUCUUUUCCCCUUUUUUACGUCCUAAGUAAAUAUUAUCAUUAUCACAUUAUACAAAGGGAUAAGAGGAAAAUUCGGACCUCGUAAUCAUCUAUAUAUACUAUGUCACCGAUGUAUUGCGGUUUCUAAUAAUAAGCAUAUUAUAAAGGCCAUCGCAAGGCAUAGUUUCAUAAAUAGCAGCCGUAUUCCGGAAUGGUUCAAAUAUCACAAUGACUGAGAUAUUUUCUGUGCCAAAUUAAAGACGAUAAACAAUGUAAGUGGUGCUUCUGACUAUCUAUUCAAGUCCAUUUUGACAUAAAAAAUGAGAACAUAAACGAACUUUUUUUUUCGAAUAUCAAAGAACAACAACGUUAUAAAUUUGAAGGUUUACAAUGUGUGACGUCUCAUGCGAGAAGCCCCGCCGCCCCGAUAUAUCUUUCUCUUGUUUGAAAAUGAAUGUUACAUACGCAUUCAUUUAUGAUCUGACAAUGUUUGAAACGCGAGAUAUUUAGUCAUUUGAGUCGUUAAUAUCCUGGCAUUUAUAUUAAUUGACACGAUAAUGUGGGAGAUGCUCGCAUGAGAUGUCAAAAUAAUCGCAAACCUUAUUAAAUCAUCUGCUUUUAAACCCAACUUGAGGUCAAAGGGGGUCAAAGUUGAGUUACACUCUGUAUUACCGUAUGCCUACCGGCGAAACCCACUGCAGACCGACCAAAUACAUUAUGUCAUUAAGAAAAAUAUAUUUUCGGAUCGGAGUUAGUUUGGUGUGUGUGCAUGACAGGAUGUGCCUCAUACUUUCUCUUGUUAUUCAUCAUUAAUAAUUAUUUAAUCGUGAAAAGAUUUAUUGAAAUGUAUGUUUGAAUGAUUAUAUCAGUGUGAAGUUUUCUACUGUAUUCAUUUAAUUAAUUCGUGACGGUGCUUGAAAUUACUAUUUCAACAAUAAAUUAUUAGAAACAAUUA